AUGUUCACGGUGUUGUUGACACCAGCGGAGGCCGAUGAUGAUGAAAAGGAGGGGGAUAUUUCUAAUGGGAGGUGGGGAGAAAGCUACGCAUUCGAUCCCGGCAUGUUGCAUUUUUCCAGCACUACUAUUGGUGUUACCCCGACGCCAUUGAAAGAAUCUUUAUUGACUACUCCGAGUAAGGUUUGCGAUCCAUUCGUACCCGAGACAUGCAUCGAUUCGCUAUCGGAGUUGGCCGAGCUCGCCGCCAAGAUGAUUCGGAAGGCCGCUUCAUUAGGUAAAGUGGUUAUAGUCACUAACGCUCAGGUGCGUUUGAGCAUAAGGGUGUUAAAAGUCCGGCGGGAUGGAAAGCUCAUGCAUUCAGAGAUAUCAUCGAUGGUCAACGCUGCCCUCGUGACGAAGGAGCUCACUGAGUCCACGUCCAUGGACUCAAUCAAUGAAGUUUACAUAGGUCCAGCCCGGUUCGAUUCUCGGGUCUUGGCGAAAUGUAAUUUCGAUUGGGGAUUCCCCACACGAAAGGGAAGCAUUGAUGAGAGUAACUUUGGGAAAUAUUCCAACUCAGAGGACGGCGAACAGCUGGUCUUGGCGAAAUGUAAUUUCGAUUGGGGAUUCCCCACACGAAAGGGAAGCAUUGAUGAGAGUAACUUUGGGAAAUAUUCCGACUCAGAGGACGGCGAACAGCUGAUAGAUUCACAACGAGCACUGAUGUCGACUAGGAGGACGGUCGUCGGAGAUAUUCCGUUUGCCCGCAUUGGUGGUCCGCAGAAUAAAAGAUACGCCUCGUUCGAGUCGAUGUUGAUACUAGUUGGCUCGGUGAAUGGUCGUGAGGAAUCUUCUAAUUCCAAUUCAUAG